AGCAGCUUAUACGCUAUUUCUGGGAAUUACAUGAUGUGAUGAAAAUAUGUCUUCCUUCAUAUCAGACACAUUAUCUAAUCCCCGGGUACAGCUGCUUGCAACAGCUGCUGUGUCCGGUGUGACUGUUGCGGGAUUGAUUUUAGGUUUUCAGGCCUUGGAGCGAGAAGAGAGACUGUCCGAGCUGAAAAACUCAAUACCACAGCUAUCAAACAACGAGAAUGCCCGAUCUAGAAGAUUGAAUAGCUUUGGGACUUCAUCAGAAACAGGAUUGGACCCUGAAGAUGCUCGCAAUAUCGCUCUGGCAAAACGUGCACAGGCUGGAGACUUUGACGAAGAGCUGAUCUUGGAGCAACUCGCCCGUAACCAAGUAUUCCUCACGCCCGAAGGCUUAAAAAAGUUGCGUGAUUCGUUUGUUAUAGUGGUGGGUUGUGGAGGAGUUGGUUCACAUGCAGCUGCAACUUUGGCACGAUCAGGAGUGUCUAAUAUUCGACUAAUCGACUUUGAUCAAGUCACGCUGAGCUCAUUAAAUAGACAUGCUGUCGCCACUCUAGCGGAUGUGGGCACUCCCAAAGUACAAUGCCUCUACCGACGACUUAUUGCCAUCGCUCCUUGGAUCAAGUUCGAUCUCAAGCAGGAGAAGUUUGAUGAAUCAGUGGCUGAAGCGAUGCUGGCACCGUGGGAAGGCCGUAAGCCGGACUUUAUCAUUGAUGCCAUUGACAACAUUGACACCAAGGUUGCUCUUUUGAAGUACUGCUACGAUAGGGAUUUGCCCGUCAUUAGCUGCAUGGGAGCAGGCUGCAAAGGAGACCCGACAAAGAUAGUAAUUGGCGAUAUUGGAACAAGCAAAGACGACGGACUAUCACGAGCUACGAGACGACGCCUGAAGCUCCUAGGAGUUACCAGUGGAAUUCCCGUUGUCUACAGUACAGAGCAAUCUGGAGAGGGAAAAGCUGAGCUUUUGCCCCUUCCUGAGGAAGAGUUCCAGAAAGGCUCUGUUGGCGAUCUUGGAGUCAUGGCCAAUUUCAGAGUGAGAAUUCUCCCUGUUCUUGGAACAAUGCCGGCCAUCUUUGGAUUGACAGCCGCCAACCACGUUAUUUUGAGAAUAACUGGAUACCCUGUUACGUAUGUUCCGGGCAAGGCUCGUGAACGAAUGUACGAAGGCAUUCUCACUUAUGUUCAAGGAUCGGAGGAGAAACUAGGUCGCAUGUUCGUUCCGGGAUUGACUGGUUUGAAGAACCCACUGACUUUGGGCGAUGUCGCCUUCAUGACCGAGGAGCUGUAUGGUGGUCGCAGCAUUCUUAGUGGCAUCCCAACGAAACUGGUUCUUAUUAGAUGGAAGAAGCCAGUGACCUCCAGUGUGUCUAGGAUUGGAGAAGGCAAAGAUGAACAGAAGUGCUCCACGAUCCGACUUCAGGAUUUGGUAUGUAUGACGAAAGAAGAGGCAACUAGGCACGAGAAAGAGAUCUUUAAGGCAGACAAAGCCUUGGAGGAGCUUUAUGACGAUGCAACCAUAAAGAGGGUUGAGGCGAAAAUGAAAGAGGCUGAAAAGUACGAAUGGUGGCGCCAGUAAGGGGGAAAUACCAUGAUCAGAAUCACCGUCGAAUCACCGACUAUUUCCGUGUGAUUUGGGACACAACAUUUAUUAAAGAGACAGUACAACUAGGUAUUCAUUUUAACCCAAAGCCUGUGUGUCUCUAUAAGGCAACCGAGAAUACAGGGAAUAUGGUUGGUUACAUUCUUACGUCUCAGGCUUCGAGACUUCUGGCCCCCAAUGUGAAUGUUCUUGCAGAGAGGAGCGGAAGCGCCCGGCAUAGCCGCCCGGCAACUAAGGGUCUAUUGGACGCCAUCCAUCCUUACAGAGUGUUUAUAAGCGGCAUUGCCUAUGCGUGUGCGGAUACCGACGUGUACAGCGAUUUUCGUGUAUGAGGCAACGAGUGGUCAGCUGGUGAAGUAGGACUGGAUGCAAGGGUCUAUAUUAGCGGUAUUACGAUAGGCUGAAAACCAUUAUGGACAUCUCUGCAUUUCUGUG